GGACGUGCUAUCUCCAAGAAAUAGAGUUUAAAAUAGACAAGAAUUAUUUAAACUCGAGAUAGUAAAAACGGUUUAGAAUGUAUUUCCUGACGAUUAGAGCUUGAUUUUCAAUGUAAAUAAUAAGAUAGUUAAAACCGUUCGAGUUUCAACUGAAUUGCGUUAUGUUUAAGUCGGUGUCCGUUUGGAGGUUAUAUGUAAAUAGUGAUGUGGAUAACUUUAUAAAAGAAGUUCGAAUCGAGUUCUCUUUUGUUAUUUAUAAAUAAGUGCCGUGAUAUUAUUGAAAAUGGUGUACACAAUAGGAAAACAUUCAAGCAGUGUGGAAAUAAAUAAGGAUGUUGGCAAAGGAUGUGUUUGGAAAGAGUUACUGUUUGCUUUUAUAGCCAGCGUGCCAUUCUUCACCCAAGGCAUCGAGACAGACGCGCUAACCUCAUCCGCACAUGCUGGCAACAUCGGGUCAGCGGCGCCUGGGCCCCAGGUCCCUGGCACCCAGGUGCCAUUGGGCACCACGCUCCACGUGCUGGCGGCGGCGGCGGCGGCGCCCGUGCUCUGUUGCGUGAUCGAGCGGUUUGGACGGAAAGUCGGGAUAUUUAUAGUCAGUUUGGUGCAAGGGAUAUCCUGCAUACCACUUCUUCUAGACGUCAGCGAAAUCAACGUCAUAGCGUUACACAUACUAGCUGGCAUAUCAUCGGGUGGCUUGUACACAAUAUUCCCGAUAUACAUCCGAGAGAUCAGCUCAAUACAGAAUAGAGCGCUUGCCCUAUCCUUAUUUAUACCAAUGACAGGUGUAGGGUAUCUGAUGAGACUGGUCACAGAUUUGGACACGCUGAUGUUUCUAGUGGUAGCGCUUGUGGUGGUUCAAAUGGUCGCGAUGUUCUGUUUGGUGGAAUCUCCGAGCUAUUUGGUGAUGAAAGGGAGUUAUGAGCGAGCAAAACUAAUAAUAUCAAAACUAAAGUGCCUACCUCCCGAGCAUGAAGCGGUGCUACAAGAAUUCAAUGGCUUAAAGGACGAAAGCGAUCGAGCUAAAGCUUCGGGGAAAUUGCAUGCAAUAACAAUAUUCAAAAACCCAAUCUGGCGGGACGCCACCAAAAUCGGUCUGGUUCUCCACAGCGUCAUGAUGCUGAGUGGCAGCAUCAUCUUUCUAGAUCAACAGAAGACGCUGGUUCAGCUCGACUCCCCAAUGGAUCCUGACAGAGUGCUGACGCUGGCUUGCUUCUGCGCUGGCAGCUUGAUAUGUGCAGCUGUUAUUAGAUUUAUGGAAAGAAGUUACCUCCUAACCUGCGGAUUCUUCGUGAUAGCCGUAUCCAUGGGUAUACUAGCGGUAUACACACAGGCGGACCUGACGGUCUACACACUACGCUGGGUACCUGUAGCUGCGCUGGGGGUACUCAUAGGAGCGUAUGGUGUGGUGUGGGGACUGCCUGUAGUGGUGAUAACGGAGCUGUUUAACUGUGAGAUUCGAUCGCACCAGCUAGCCCUCCUCUACGUUUACUCUCAACUCAUAAAACUGGUGCACCUGUACACCUUCCCACACAUCGAGGAAUACAUCGGAGUUUACACCGUGUUCUAUAUGUUCGUCGGUAUAAACCUGUUUGGGGCGGUGUACUGCCUGUUCCAUAUACCGCAACUUAAGAAUAAGACGACGAGACAGAUUGAACGGCAGUUGAAGAGAGUUCCGCUUUUGAAGAUGUAAAAUUGUAAACUAGUUGAAGUGACAAUCGUUGACGCCACGUGGCGAAACGCAGUCUGGCUCUGUCGCGCUACAGAAGAGCGAUAGAGAUAGCUAGCUACGAUACGCUUACGAAGCGUAAACGAUUGUCACGUUGGCUAGGAACCUUGAAAAAGCGAAUAAGAAUUUGUACAGUAAAUCUAAGCUUCUGACAUGAGUUUGAUGUUUUAAAAUACGAUACUGAAUAUCGGAAACCUCACGGGAAAUGUAUGUAACUUUUGGCACUAAAGUAACACUCGAGGUGGAGAGGUGAGUCUGAGGUGAAGUCUAUGUUAUAUGGAAGAGAUUGCUCUUUGGCGAUAAGACCGCUUCUUGUUUUAACUCUUCUAAGUUGUUGUUUAUACUUACUACGAGUAGGUGUUGUUGUUUCCUGUAUUGAGAUGUUGUAUGUCAUUUUCCGUGACGUUGAAGCUGUAAAACAACG